CCCAGAUGUUGGAUAUGGGUAUGCUGGUAACACAGAGUGGCUUGGCAUUAGGAUGCUGCAGACACAAAGAGAAGAGAAGGGUAAGAAAGAUAGAGGUGAAUCCAGGAGACGAUCGAGGAGCUAAAGGCAAGCGACAGGUGAGGAGAGAAGCAGGAGAGGGAAAGAGAAAGUAA